AUGGCUCAGAACACAAGCGGUUAUCAAACUGAAAGUUUCCCUGCCCCGGGCCUACGUCAGAUUUUCCGACACAUCACCGGUCAUAAUGACCAAGGCGACUCCGUGUUCUUGCAAUCAGACCAUGGGGAACAUUGCCGAUUGAUGGUAGAGAAACAGGCUGUUGCCAACAUACUUUACUCGACCUGGGAGACUCCUGUUGAGUUGAAUGAUAACGUAGAUGUCCAGAAAGCGAAGGAGCAAGAGCCACCGUUUCAUCACGAGAGAGGAUCCAUCGUCCGCAUGAUAGAUUUCGGGCCAGGCGUGGAGUCUCCCUUCCACAGGGCUGAAACAAUUGAUUAUGGGAUUAUCGUGGAGGGAGUAUUCGAAAUAUCGCUCGACUCAGGCAAGAAACGUAUCAUGCGCCAAGGCGACGUGUGUGUGCAGCGAGCUACAGCACACAAGUGGAAGAACAUCACGGGUAAUGGUACCUUGCCGGGCCGCAUAAUGUGGGUUCUACUAGAUUGUAAGCCGGUCUAUGUGAACGGCAAGAGGAUGCAGGGUUAUCUCGGAGACCUGACGAAGGAAUAUGCGGGUCGAGGAACUUCUUGA